GCAGUUGCUCCGAGGCUGAGCUGCUCCCGCCCACAACCGCCACCGCCGCCCGCGUCAGGCCCGACCAGCCGGCCCGGGACCGCAGACCAGCGGGGACGCGGGAAGCCAUGGCCGAAGCGGCGUCCGCCCGGGUUCCCGGGAGGGACAAGCAGAUGAGUGAAGAGCAGCCUCCCAGUCCUCCUUCGCCCCAGCCAGCGGCAGAGCAGAGCUCGUACCUCUACUCCACGGAGAUCACCCUGUGGACCGUGGUGGCCGCCAUUCAGGCCUUGGAGAAGAAGGUGGACUCCUGUCUUGCUCGCUUGCUGACUCUGGAGGGACGCACGGGAACCGCCGAGAAGAAGCUGGCCGACUGCGAGAAGACCGCCAUGGAGUUUGGGAACCAGCUGGCAGGCAAGUGGGCCGUGUUGGGGACCCCGCUGCAGGAGUACGGGCUGCUGCAGCGGCGCCUGGAGAACGUGGAGAACCUGCUGCGGAACAGGAACUUCUGGAUCCUGCGGCUGCCCCCGGGUGGCAAGGGCGAAGCCCCAAAGGUGCCCCUGACCUUUGAUGAUGUGGCCGUGUAUUUCUCUGAGUGGGAGUGGGGCAAGCUGGAGGACUGGCAGAAGGAGCUCUACAAGCACGUGAUGCGGGGCAACUAUGAGACGCUGGUGUCCCUGGAUUAUGCCAUCUCCAAACCUGACAUCCUCACCAGGAUAGAAAGGGGAGAGGAGCCUUGUCCUGAAGACUGGUGGGGCCAGGAAAAGGGGAGUGAGGAGUCUGCAUGCUCAAAGAAGUCAGGCACUGGCCUCCCUCCACAGCCACAGUGGGUCCCUUGCUCUGACAACCCCACCCAAGAGGAGCCAAAAGAUCAGACCCCUGCGCAGCAGCGAGAUGAAGUAAGAAGACCCUCUCCUGGGCCAGGCACUGAUUUCUCAACAAGCUCCAGCAUUCUGUGUUCAGUUAAACAAGAGGCAGAAUCUUCCGAGGAGGAGUCACCCACCUCCCCUCCCAGGGGUGUCCUGCCUGGUGUGGGGCCAGGUGGUGCGGUGACCGUCAAGACAGAAGCCCAGUCUGAAGAUGAGACGGAGCCCGAGCAGCUCUUCCUGGAGGCCGCUAGCCGGCCUACCUGUAGAAUCCCCAAAGGGCCCAGAAACAGGACUCGAGGCUCCCGGCGGCGGCACCAUGGCCAGGGCAUGUCCAGGGUGUCGGUAGGGGAGCCCCAGGCGGCGGGAGCUGCGGGGGAGUCGCCCCGGGUCCUCCCCCGACGGCGGGAGCGGACUUUCCCCUGCCCCGACUGCGGGCAAAGCUUCCGCCUGAAGAUCAACCUGACCAUCCACCAGCGGACCCACGUGGAGGAGGCCAGGGAGGCAUGGGACGGCGCCUCCUCCAGCUGGGGGCAGGACUCCUCCACCCUGGAGCCCGGGGAGGUGGUGGUGCCCGGGCCUGUCAUUGGCUGGCUGCCCGAGGAGCCCACUAGCCGCCGUUCCCUGGCUGGCCGGGCCUUCCUGGGGCGCAGGCCCGCGGCCACCAAGGUAUACCACUGCAGCGAGUGCCUGCGCUUCUUCCAGCAGCGCAAGAGCCUCCUGCUGCACCAGCGCCUGCACACCGGCAACAGCCAGGGCUGUCCCGCCUGCCCCUACUGCGGCAAGGCCUUCCGCCGGCCCUCGGACCUCUUCCGCCACCAGCGCAUCCACACAGGCGAGCGGCCCUACGGGUGCCCCCAGUGUGGCCGGGCCUUCAACCGCAACCACCACCUGAUUGUCCACAUGCAGACCCACUCGAGAGGCCAGGCAGGCCUGCACUUUCCCAUGUCCUCUGGCCAAGGGAGCCCGCCCUAUGGGGAGGAGGGCUGACCAGGCAGGAGCCCUACCUCCCGCCCCCCAGCUACCCUGGCAGGACCUGUGCUGUGUAUCGGGCCUUUCCUUGUGCCUGAUGCUGGUUCCAGGACUGUUCCAGAGAAUCUUUUUUCUUCAUUGAAAUGGGAAGCAGCAACUCAUGGUGACCAUGUGUGUAUGACAAGGUGCCCCCUUUUCUAGUUCCUGUUUGUCACUCUUUGCCUCCUUUCCUACAUUCCUGGCUUGUAAAGAUUCUUUAAGGCUUUAGGGGACACCAGUUCUCAGUGGAGUCUUUGGACAGCACCAUGGUUGGGGGACCAGAUUGAGGCCCUUCCAGGAUGGGGGCAUGCAAUGUGCUCAGCUCCGGGCUCGGCCUAUUGAUUAGGACGCACUCUGCUGGCUGGGGGGGUCGGGACCCAGGUUAGGUCCCAGGCUCUCCUGGCGCUGUAAAACAAAAAUGACUGGGUCAUUAAGGACUGAAGUUGGCCGUCUCUGGCCCCAACUGGUGCUCAAUAAACGUGUUGGCAGAAAUGCA